AUGGGUGUCUUUCAAGACAAGGUAGCCAACAUUCUUCGAAUCGAAGAUCAACAGUUCACAAGAGAGCUUUUAGCAGAAUGCAUCGGAACCUUCUUUCUUCUGCUCAUCGGAAAUGCUGCUAAUAUCCAAGCUGCAGUCGCAGUUGGUGGAAAUUCAACUUCAGCUCAUAUCGCCUGGGGAAUCGGCUUCAUGUUCGCAGUUUAUCUGGCUGCAAGUGUUUCCGGUGGGCAUUUGAACCCAGCCAUCUCUAUUGCACAAAGUAUUCUCGGAAAUCUGCCUCCAUGGAAGAUUAUUCCAUAUGCCAUUGCUCAAGUUAUUGGAGCAUUCCUUGGCGCUGCUGUUGCCUAUUUUGGACAUCAUGACGAUCUGUGGAAGCUGGACGGUGGAAUCCGUCAGGUGACUGGAGGUCAAGCCACCGCUGGACUGUUCACCACGUUCCCAUCAGAUCACAUGUCAGCAUGGGGAAGUCUUCUUGAUCAGAUUAUCGGAACGGCCAUGUUGUCUGGGUUGGUCUGUCUUAUCACUGAUAAGCGCCAUCAAAUCCCAACCGGAGUCGUCCCUGUUCUUGCCGGAAGUAUCAUGACCAUGGUUGCAAUGACUUUUGGAGCUAAUGGAGGAUUCGCUAUCAACCCAGCACGUGACUUUGGACCACGCGUUUUCUGUCUUUGUGCUGGAUACGGAUGGGAAGUGUUCAGUGCUCAUUAUUAUUAUUUCUGGAUUCCAAUUGUUGGUGCUCUCAUCGGAGCAAUUAUCGGAGCAUGGACUUACAAAAUCUUUGUUGGUCUCCACGGAAUGAAUGAGAGUCUCGACAUCCAGCCAACAAAGGGAUUCAAUGAUAUGAAAAGAAAUUCGGAAGGCAUCCUGAUUGGAUACGAUAACACUUUGUCCAGGGCCCGCGGAGAAAUUGCAGCACCAAGAACAUACACUCCCAGCUAUCAGGUUUUCGAAUCUAGCCGUACGCAAGUUACAACAGCAGAUCGUCGAUAUUAG